AUGUUUCUUUUUGGCCUUAAAUCUUUGGCGUUCGGACCGAGCGCUGCGGGUUUGACGUCAGUCCAGUUUGCGGCGGUUGUUGUUGAGCGGCGUCAGUCCAGUUUGUGCCGGUUGUUGAGCGGCGUCAUCCAGUUUGCGGCGGUGGUUGUUGUUGAGCGGCGUCAGUCCAGUUUGCGGCGGUGGUUGUUGAGCGGCGUCAUCCAGUUUGCGGCGUCAGUCCAGUUUGCGGCGGUGGUGGUUGAGCGGCGUCAGUCCAGUUUGCGGCGUCAGUCCAGUUUGCGGCGGUGGUGGUUGAGCGGCGUCACGGCGUCAGUCCAGUUUGCGGCGUCAGUCCAGUUUGCGGCGGUGGUGGUUGAGCGGCGUCAGUCCAGUUUGCGGCGUCAGUCCAGUUUGCGGCGGUGGUGGUUGAGCGGCGUCAUCCAGUUUGCGGCGGUGGUUGUUGUUGAGCGGCGUCAGUCCAGUUUGCGGCGGUGGUUGUUGAGCGGCGUCAUCCAGUUUGCGGCGUCAGUCCAGUUUGCGGCGGUGGUGGUUGAGCGGCGUCAGUCCAGUUUGCGGCGUCAGUCCAGUUUGCGGCGGUGGUGGUUGAGCGGCGUCACGGCGUCAGUCCAGUUUGCGGCGUCAGUCCAGUUUGCGGCGGUGGUGGUUGAGCGGCGUCAGUCCAGUUUGCGGCGUCAGUCCAGUUUGCGGCGGUGGUGGUUGAGCGGCGUCAGUCCAGUUUGCGGCGGUUGUUGA